GCUAAGUGAGUGCCCCAACAGGGGUUCGCCUCUCGUGGCCAGAAAUGUUCUAACCUGAGAGACAGAUCCAGACAUACAGAAGCAGUAUACUACUAAAGGACUAAGUAAGGACUAGGCAGCCAUGUCGGUUUCUCAGAUCACCCCCACCCUGUUCCUGAGUGGAGCAGACGCCCCCCUCAACCAGGCCCUGGUCUCCCGCAAGGGCAUUACCCUCAUCGUCAAUGCCACCCUCAACCACGUCUGCCCAGUCUACCCAGGCGUGGAGUGCCUGCGUGUGCCCGUCUCCGACCUGCCCAGCGCCCGUCUGGGCGACCACUUUGACCGUGUGGCAGAGCGCAUCCACAGCAACCGGACUGGUGGUACGCUGGUGCAUUGUGCGGCUGGCAUGAGCCGCUCGCCGGCCCUGGUCAUAGCAUACCUAAUGCGCUACCGGGGUGUGACUCUGUGCCGGGCCCACGCAUGGGUGCAGGAGAGUCGGCCCUACGUACGACUCAACGCGGGUUUCUGGGCGCAGCUACUAGAGUUUGAGAAGAGGCUCUAUGGGAAGAAUACGGUUAAGGUGGCUGCGCCCAUGCCGCCUGUGAAGCCGCCCCUGUCGCCAUGGACACUGCGGUCAUCAUGGACACAGCGGUCACCACCGCUGUUGCCCAGGUCACCAUUGUUGUCGUCUUUAUCGCAGGCCAAGAAGUUGAAGAAGGGUAGGCUUGUAAGGAAAUAGUAGAGGAGGGAAGUUUGCUUUUCUGUCUGAAGAUGUGAGGGAAGAACUUACAGCCCUACUGCCUGAGGAUGUAAACCAGGGAAGCAGGCAUGUCCCCUGCCAUGAUUUGAUAAGGGGAAUAUAGUACAAUAAUAAUCUUUGUAUAUAUGUACACUGAACCAAAAUAUAAACACAACAUGCAACAAUUUCUAAGAUUUUACUGAGUUUCAGUUCAUAUUAGGACAUCAUUCAAUUUAAAUAAAUUAAUUAGGUCCUAAUCUAUGGUUUUCACAUGACUGAGAAUACCAAUAUGCAUCUGUUGGUCACAGACACCAUAAAGAAAGGUAGGGGCUCAGAAAACCAGUCAGUAAAUGGUGUGACCAUGUUUUGCCUCAUGUAUCGCGACAGAUGAGUUGAUCAGGCUGUUGAUGUCUGGUGAGUAUUGUGUACAGAUUCUUGCGACAUGGAGCCAGCCGUGCCUUAUCAUGAGGUGAUGGCGGCAGAUGAAUGCCACGACAAUGGGCCUCAGUAUCUCGUCACGUUAUCUCUGUGGGUGGUUUCAAAUUGCAAUGGAUAAAAUGCGAUUGUGUUUGUUGUCCAUCGCUUAUGCCCGUACCAUAACCUCACCGCCACCAUGGGGAACUCUGUUCACAACGUAGAUAUCAGCAAACCGCUCGCCCACACGACUCAAUACUUCCUGGUACAGUUGAAACCAGGAGUCGUCCGUCACACUUCUCCAGUGUGACAGUGUGAGCAUGUGCCCACUGCAGUCAGGUAAAGAUCCUGGUGAGGGCGACGAGCGCGCAGAUGACCCUGACACAGUUUCUUACAGUUUGUACAGUUUGUAAUGUAAUUCUUCAGUUGUGCAAACCCCCAGUUUCAUCAGCUGUUUGGGUGGCUGGUCUCAGACGAUGCUGUAGGUGAAGAAGAUGGUUGUGGAGGUGCUGGACUGGCUUGGUUACUAGUUGUCUGCGGUUGGGAGGCUGGUUGGACUUACUGCCAAAUUCUCAAAAACGGUGGUGUAUGUUAGAGAAAUUGUCUGGAAACAGACAUUCCUGCAGUCAGCACACCAAUUGCACGUUCCCUCAAAACUUCAGAUAUCUGUGGCAUUGUGUUGUGUGACAAAAGUGCACAUUUUAAAGUGGCCCUUUAUCGUCCCCAGCACAAGGUAUAAUGAUGAUCAUGUUGUUUAAUCAGUUUAUUGAUAUGCCACUCCUGUCCAGGUGUUUGAAUUAUCCUGGCAAAGGAGAAAUGCUCAUUAAGUCACUAUAAAGUUGUGCAAAAAAAUUGCUAUAUUUUAGCUCAUGAAACAUUGGACCAACACUACAUGUUGCGUUUAUAUUUUUGUUCAGUGUAUAUAUAUAUAUACAGUGCCAGUCAAAAGUUUGGACACAUCUGCUC